AUGUCUAACGAGACUUCCAACGGCGUCGCGACGCCCGUCACUCCCAAGAUGAGCGGGCUUGCGUUGACUGAGUAUACCGCCGCUCCGACGCCGCCCUCUGAACGCGAGCAAAGGACGCCCGGCUUGCCUCCUAACUGGGGCAUCCCUGAAGCUUUUCUGCUUCCCAACGGUUACCCAGAUUAUCUCCGGUUGAUUUUGACGUCACGAGUAUACGAUGUUAUCGAAGAAACCCCUCUUACCCAUGCUGUCAACCUGAGUAGCCGGCUUGAAAGCCGGGUGCUUCUCAAGCGUGAGGAUUUGCUGCCGGUUUUCAGCUUCAAGCUUCGCGGCGCAUACAACAAGAUGGCUCAUUUGAACCAUGAGCAACGCUGGAAGGGCGUUAUUGCUUGCUCUGCUGGAAACCAUGCUCAAGGUGUGGCCUUUUCUGCCCGCAAGCUGAGAAUCCCCGCUACCAUCGUUAUGCCUUCCGGUACCCCCGCCAUUAAACACCUGAAUGUUGCUCGCUUGGGAGGAAGUGUCGUUCUUCAUGGAAUGGACUUCGAUGCUGCCAAGGACGAGGCUCACCGGUUGGAGAAGCAGCAUGGUCUGACAAACAUCCCACCAUUCGACGACCCUUAUGUCAUUGCUGGCCAGGGUACUAUCGGCAUGGAGCUUCUGCGCCAGGCAAACUUGGACAAGCUCGAGGCAGUCUUCUGUGCUGUUGGAGGAGGAGGUCUGAUUGCCGGAAUUGGAGUUUACCUCAAGCGUAUCGCACCCCAGGUGAAGGUCAUCGGUGUCGAGGCUUACGAUGCCAACGCUAUGGCUCAGUCCCUCGAUGCGGGUAACCGAGUCUUCCUUAAAGAGGUUGGUCUCUUUGCGGAUGGUGCAGCAGUCAAGUCGGUUGGCGAGGAAACUUGGCGUCUUAGCCGCGAGGUCAUCGACGAGGUCAUCCAGGUCUCCACCGAUGAGACCUGCGCGGCCAUCAAGGACGCCUUCGAGGAUACCCGGUCCAUCGUCGAGCCCGCUGGCGCUCUCGCUCUUGCCGGUCUCAAGAAAUAUAUUGCCAAGAACCCCAGCCCUGACCCCAACCGCGAGCUUAUUGCCAUUACCUCUGGUGCUAAUAUGGACUUCGAUCGUCUGCGGUUUGUUGCUGAGCGCGCUGCCCUUGGUGAGAAGAAGGAGGCACUUCUUAGCGUGAAGAUCCCCGAGAAGCCCGGCGCGUUCGCCAAGCUCGUUGAGAUUGUCCUGCCCACGCCGUUACCGCAUUCGGCCGAUGUGCUCAUGGGUAUCUCGCUAUCUGCCUCUACUGGCCGCGAAGAUCUGGCCAAGAUCAUGGGCGAGUUGGAGAAGGGCGGCAUGAGCUGCCGGGACUUGAGUGAUGACGAACUUGCCAAGCGUCAUGUGCGCUUCCUCGUAGGCGGCCGCUGCGAGGUCGCUGACGAGCGCAUCUUCAUGUUCGAGUUCCCCGAGCGUCCAGGUGCUCUCGCCAAGUUCCUCACCACUCUCCGUCCUGAACAGAAUAUCUCUCUGUUCCACUACCGCAACUACGGCGGUGAUGUGGGCAAGGUUCUGGCUGGAAUCCAGUGCCCGUCGCCCGAGAAGGAGGACUUGGAGUCGUUCCUUCGGGAUCUGGGCUAUCCGUUCACUGAGCACACUGACUCGCCCACUUACAAGACCUUCUUGCGUUCUGAAUAA